GGGCGGGCGGCGCCGCGGGGAGGCGGGGGGGCCGGAGCGAACUUGUCCCGAAUCCCUUUAUUUGCAGUUGGAGCCGAAAGCUUCCCGGGCUGCGUUUAUUUUGCUGAUUAAAAAGACGGACCUUGGUCCUGCGGCUCCCCGCCGCGCGGCCGCCCUCCUUGCUCCCCUCGUCCCCUUUUCCUCCCUCCUUUCUUCCUCCUCCUCCUCCCUCCCGCCCGCACCAUGGAGUUUACGGAGAGGAAGAGAAGCAGGAAAUCCCAAAGCUUUAAACUGAUCAACGAAGAUUACCAUCAUGAGAUAUAUAAGAUCUCUGACUACAGCAAUGAUGUUAAUGGGGAGACCAAAGAAACACAACCCAUUUCUUUAGGAGAUGAAAGCCGGGAAAUUAAAAAACAAAUUACAGGGAUGAGAAGAUUACUGAAUGACAGCGCUGGAAGAAUCUAUCAGCGAGUUGGCAAAGAAGGAGAAAAACUGAAGGAGGAGCCCCAGGAUUUAGACUUAGCCUGGGCCCAGCGCCUGGAUCCCCCUGAGGAGUCUGAGGAGAGCCUUCAUCCUUGUGAGAGCGACGCAUGGAAUGAAUUAUCACCCCAAGAUAACCAUUUUUCAGGGCAAUAUGGAACUCGAUCCAAAACGUUCCAAAAUCAGACACGAACCAUGGCAUCCAAUGGAGAAAUCCCAAUGGUGAAUUCAUCAAUUGGACCAAACUGCUGUACUUGUAAUUGCCAGUCAACUCUACAGGCUAUUCUUCAGGAGCUCAAGACCAUGAGGAAACUGAUCCAGAUUCAGUCAGUUGGGACUCAAAACAGACAACAACCUCCUGUUCCUCUGAUUUGUGCACAAAAGUCAACAAUAUCAAGAAAGAGAAAUAAAAAGAAAAAACUACCCCUCAAAACUGUUGAGCCAUUUACUAUGAAUAAGAAAACCAGUGCUGCAGAGAAUGAUAAGAAGCUGUCAGCAAACCCUGAAAGUUCCAAUCUGCAAGCAGUUGAACCCCCUCUCAACGUAGAAACCCCUCUUUCAGGAUUUGGAAUUAUCCUUGAAUCAGCUUCAUCAGAUCCAGAAGUGCAACUUGCAGAAGGCUUUGAUGUCUUCAUGCCGAAAUCUCAGCUGGACUCUAUAUUAUCAAACUAUACUCGCUCAGGAAGUCUGCUAUUUAGGAAGCUGGUUUGUGCAUUUUUUGAUGACCAGACUUUGGCUAACUCUUUACCAAAUGGCAAAAGGAAAAGAGGGCUCAAUGACAACCGGAAAGGACUAGACCAAAAUAUUGUGGGUGCAAUAAAAGUCUUCACAGAAAGAUACUGCACUGCCAACCAUGUGGAUAAACUUCCUGGUCCUAGGGACUGGGUCCAAAUUCUUCAGGAUCAAAUUAAACUGGCAAGAAGGCGAUUAAAAAGAGGCUCAGCAGAGCCAACUGACUAUGAUGAGAAGCCGGACAUUUCUUUACUACAAACAGGUAACCUGUUUGACACCACAACAGAUAGCCUGAUAGAUGCAAGCCUCGAUUUUCCUGUUUAAAUUUUACAUCCUGCGCCAGUGGUUUUAGCAGAUAUGAACCUCCUGUCGUUUAAGUAAUGUCCAUGUGAGGUCAACGUUGGGAUGUUGGAUCCUGCAGCACGUGGAUGUCCACACCGUUCUCCCUUCACGUUUGUGUUGUCUCACACGUUUUCCCAGUCACUUCAAAUAACAAAACCGACAGAUUGUUUCGCUGUUUUUCAGCUUAAUUAAAGAUGAUUUCUCUCCAUAUCGUGCAUUAGUUAAUUGGUGUGGUAUCCUCUGUAACUGAAGUCAUUCUCUUGCUUUUGUUUUCCCUUUGCCAUUGUACCAUUCCACAUGGCUGUAUGAUUGCCAGCAGUGUUUCUUUCAUCUUAAGCUAUGCAGAGGUGAAUAAACACAGUUGGAUGACUCUUCCCCUCCCCUGGGACCAUGGUGGCAUUUCUCUCCUUCCCAAACCCAAGGGGCUUGAUGAGCACUUAAGAGGUGAAGCACUUUGUUCUUGUGCAUAUGCAGACCCACCUUUCCUGUCUGGCUGCUAUUUAUCUGUUUGAAGACCUGUGGUACAAAUGGCCAGUCAUAUAUACCUGUAAUUCAGAGGGCACGGUUGGAUUGGAUUUAGGACUAAAGAGAGCAGGAUCUGUCUCAUUGGCAUCCAUUUCUGGGUAAUAACAGGGAUAAGUUGCAGAUCAAGCAAGCUGGAAUUCCCCUGUGUGGUGCCAGUGUGAUGGCUCUUGAGUGGUUUUGUAGUGCAGAUUACAGGAGGAGACCAUUCUCUCCUCCUUUGUCCACCAUCUUUUCCUACCGCCUCAAUCUCAAGAUGUUCUACUUUGCUAAUUUCCAGAAAAGGAGUCUGCGCACUGUGACUUUUCAACUACUGCCCUUGGGGACACUAUUUACCCAUUUCAAAGCAGAUAAAUCCUAGCACAGCCUGGCACUCUGUUGCUAUCUCAGUAGUCAAGAUCACUGAACUGAUCAAGAAAUUGCACUGCCCUCUUAGGCAUGGAAACUGUUCAUCCUUUCAGGUCGGGGCGAAGCUAAAAUCUUACACAGCCCUCCAUGCAAACUGCUGCUUCUGCACCUUUCAACAGCACUAAAUUCACUUUAAAAUCGUAGGGAAAAAGUCGAGAAGGUCUUCGACCAGCAGAGAAUUCCAGUGCGUUCCCUGCGAUUUGAGGGAGAGAUUGCUAUAGCCUUCACCAUUGUGUUUCAUUUUCCUUUGUGUAUUUUAGGCGCAUCUUUUCUUUCCUCCUUUGAAACUACUUGGCCUUUGAGUGUUUCAACUGAAGUGCUAUUACAGAGUUGUUUGUUUGUUUUUUUAAGUAUUUAAAGAUUUAUUUCUCUCGUAACAACCCUUAAGUCUGUUUCUCCAAAGCUGCUGAAUGCCCACAAACAACACUGUGAUGCGUUCACCCAGCACCCGAGAAGCCAGGCACCCAGCCCUCCCCACCCGCAAUGAUGUACUUUUAGGAAUGGCCGUGUCUUCUCUAAAACUGUGGAAUAUAUUGAAUGUGCACUGCAAACCUUAACAGAGUCUUUCCUUCAUCAUGGCUUGGAGUUGUGUGCAUUGGGCAGGGGCGGCGGCGCCCCGUCGUGUCCGUCUCGUAACACUUGGGCGAUGGAAUCUGCGUUUUGUACAUUUUGGAGAUUGCGUUUGUGUUUAUUUAACUGUGACUACUGUGCAGACUUUCUUCAGAAAUCUUUUUAUAGGGUUUAUUAGAAAGAAAAAAAAAAAUCAUUCCAUAUUUAGGUAAAAAUGUCUCGAUCUUCUGUAUAUAAGUUUUAUUAAUAUGUAAAUAUUUAGAUAUUUUUAAAUUACUAUGUUCUUAAUAAAGCGACAAGGGACUAGUUGUGAGCUGGUGUAUAACAUUGUGUUGUGUUACCGAUCUCUGGGAAACCUUCUGUCAAUCCAGAAAAAAAAAACAAAAAAGCAACCCUACAAUAAAUGACUUUAAUUGAA